UUUCACUCCGCGCAAGGAGAGGCAGCAGCUCUGCAUCUAGACGCUGCAGUAACUGUUAGUGUGGAUGCUGUCCCGAUGCCGAGAAGUUGAUAACGUCCUGACUACAACAUUUUAACCAUACAAAGGAAACGGUCGCGGAAAAAGUUAUUUUGAAUUGCCUAUCCCUCGUCACCUGACAAGGAAUAGGGUACAGAAGAAAUCACAAGAGGUUGCUGGAGUGAAAACACAUUCACCAUCCUAAAGGAUCAUUUAGAAAGGAUACCGCUUUGUCUUUUGGAGAUGGAUUUAAUUUAGGAGGUUUUUGACUUUAGUUUAGAUUUUUACUCUGCCUUUUUACUCCACAAGGAAUUUGUUUAAAGAAGCGACCGUUAUUGUUGGGAUAUUUGCUAACGGACGUGCGUGCGCUCAGUGGCAGAGAAGGAGCAUAUGAAUGUUUAGGAAGAAGCUUUCAGAAUGAAGACCGAGGCCAAGGGUUUGGGGCGGUCUGUGUCGAGGUCACUGCAGGGUGAUGGCCGGUGGAGCCGAGAGGUCCUGCUGCUGGCCUACAUCCUCCUGGAGCUGAUCGCCGUCCACUCCUCCACCGUCCUGGGAAACCUGGAGCUCCAGCUGGAUGAGGAACAGCCUGCCGGGACCAUCGUAGGGGACAUCAGCGCUGGGUUACCGCCUGGUGUCACCGCAAGUCUUUACUUCAUUUCAGACCACGAGGGCACCGGGGUCGGGAGUGACCUGGACAUAGAUGAGAGCACGGGCAUCAUCAAGACAGCCAAGGUGUUGGACCAUGAGCUGAGGGACCGGUACAACUUCAUUGCAGUGACUAUGACGGGCGUGACCGUUGAAGUGACCAUCACAGUGAAUGACAUCAAUGACCAUGCUCCUACAUUCCCCCGGAGGAGAGCGGCGUUCAAGAUCCCGGAGAUGACGGCGGUGGGAACCAGGUUCCCCCUAGAGCCGGCGGUGGAUGGGGACAAAGGCCAACUGACUACCCAGGGAUACCUCAUCAAAGAUGGAAACCCCGGCCAGGCUUUCCUCCUGGAGACCCGGAGAGGAUCCAACCAGGUUCUCUAUCUGGACCUGGUGGUCAACACUCUUCUGGACAGUGAGACCAGACCAUCUUAUACGUUAUCCUUGGAGGCGUUUGAUGGAGGCUCCCCUAAGAGGACUGGUCAGAUGGUGCUAGAUGUGACGGUUCAGGAUAUCAAUGACAACGCUCCAGUCUUCAACCAGAGUCGCUACCACGCCAUUAUCUCAGAGAAUCUGCAGCCGGGUAGCAACAUCCUCCAAGUCUUUGCCUCUGACGRRGACCAGGGAGACAARGGRCUGGUUCUSUARGAGAUCAACCGCAGGCAGAGCGACCCGGAGCYCUACUUCGUCAURGACUCMCGUARYGGUGUCAUCACGCUCAACAAGCCGCUGGACUUUGAGAUGCGGAGGGUCCACGAGCUUGUGGUCCAGGCYAGGGAUAACGCCACGCAGCCCGAGGUUACCAACGCCUUCGURACAAUCCACGUKCGGGACUACAAUGACAACCAGCCCACCAUGACCAUCAUCUUCCUCAGUGAAGACGGRUCCCCACAGAUCUCCGAGGGCGCCCAGCCUGGCCAGUARGUCGCKCGCAUCUCCGUCACCGACCCYGACUACGGAGAAUACGCCAAUGUCAACGUCUCCUUGGAAGGAGGGGACGGGAAGUUUGCCCUGACCACCAAGGACAACAUCAUCUACCUGAUGUGUGUGGACCAGAUCCUGGACKGAGAGGAGAGGGACACAUACGAACUCAGGGUGAUGGCUACAGACGCAGGCACCCCUCCUCUCAGGGCUGAGUCCUCCUUUACGAUACAAGUCACUGACGUCAACGACAACCCUCCUCUGUUUGACCAGCAGCAGUACAGACAGGUCAUACCUGAGGUGGUGUUCCCAGGGAGCUUCGUAUUGCAGGUCACGGCUAGAGACAAAGACCAGGGGCCCAAUGGAGACAUCACAUACAGCCUCCUCCAGGAUGGCCAGGCCGGCCAGGAUGAGAACCAGGCCCAGUGGUUCACCAUAGACCCAGUAACAGGGAUCAUCACCACACUCUCCCAGCUGGAUUACGAGUCGCAGCCCAGGCCGAAUGUGACAGUGGUGGCUACAGACGGAGGGAGGCCUUCCCUGUCCUCCACAGCUCUGGUCCAUGUGGUGCUGCAGGAUAUUAACGACAACGAACCUGUGUUCGGUACCAACUUCUACAACGUAUCGAUCAAGGAGAACACGGCCGCUGGGACCUGCAUCCUAGAGGUGACAGCGACAGAUGCGGACAGUGGCUCCUUCGGCUCCAUCAGCUACUCUCUGGGGUCAGGCAUCAACAGUGCUGUCCCCUCCCAGUUCUCUGUAGGGAAGGAGACAGGACAGAUCUGUACCAACGUGGCUCUGGACAGGGACCAGGGACCAACCAGCUACGACUUUACCGUCACCGCCGUGGACGGGGGCGGUCUGAACUCUGUGGCCUACGUCAGGGUGGACCUGCUGGACAUCAAUGACAACAGACCAGUCUUCUACCCUGUGAGCUACGCCGUCAGCCUUAGCUCCCAGAGUGCACCUGGCACCUCUGUUGUCAAGGUUACGGCCCUUGACCCCGACACUGGGGAGAACGGGAGGGUCACGUACCGAACCGUCCCCAGGGGCAACUCCCCCUUCUUCACCCUCAACAAAGACACAGGUGUGAUCUCCCUGUCCCGGUCCCUACAUGGCAAGGCCAACACGGUGAUCCCCAUUGUGGUUUCAGAGGACGGAGGGGGUCUGGCAGCACUGGUCAACGCCCGGGUCAACAUCAGUGUGGGAGGCUUUGGUGGCGCCCCUGUGUUCGAACACAGUCAGUACAGCUUCACUGUGUCUGAAAACGUACUGCGAGGAACUGAGGUUGGCAUCGUACAGGCCAUCAGUAAGAACGGCGGCCCCAGUAAGGACAUCCUGUACACCAUCUCCUCUGGAGACCCUGCUGGCUACUUCACUGUGGACCCAGAGAGCGGUGCCCUGCGGACCAGCCUUCCCCUGGACCACGAGGCCCAGCCCUCUCUAACCCUGGAGCUCCAGGCUCGUAGCGGCAGCCCCCCUGCCUUCGGUCAGACCUACGUCCACAUCACCAUCCAGGACAUCAACGACAACGCUCCUGUGUUCAUGCCCUCCUCUUCUGAGUCUCUCCUCCUCCCGGAGCACACAGAGAUGGGGACCGUGGUCUACAGAGUCCAGGCCAAAGACCGGGACUCCGGCCUCAACGGCCAGAUGACCUUUGAUCUUUCCUCCACCACGACCUCAAGCGGAGGUCAAAGAACCUUUUCCAUGGAGCGCAGCACAGGGGAGAUCCGGCUGGUUGGCGGGCUGUCAUACGACGUAACGCCGCGUUACGACCUGAUGGUGACAGCUAAAGAUGGUGGCGCUCCCCAGCUGAGCUCUACCAUGAUGCUUGUGGUGCACGUUCAGGCGGAGAACGACCACGGUCCUGUGUUCGACACCCUGACCUACCGCGUGGAGCUGAGGGAGAACACGCCGCUCAGCACACGCUUCCUACAGGUGCGAGCUCUGAGCCUGGACACCACGGGUUCAGGCUCCUCCUCUCCACUGGCGUACUACCUGAGACCUGACGGAGACGCAGCAGGGUUUGGCAUUGCAGCAGACAGCGGCUGGCUGUUUGUGAAGAGCGCCCUGGACAGAGAGGUGAAGGACAUGUACAUGUUGAUGGUUCUGGCCACGUCGGGCCACGGGCAGCUGAAGAAGACGGGCAGUGCCACGGUGAGGGUGUCGGUGACCGAUGAAAACGACAACUCACCCCGUUUGACCCAGGAGAGGGCUUUCCUGGCCGUGAGAGAGAACCUUCCGGCGGGGUCAGGGUUCGGACGGGUUUCGGCUAUGGACCGCGACUCAGGGCUCAACGGCAGGCUCAGUUACAGACUCCUACACCCAAACAGAAACUUCCAGAUCAACUCAUACACAGGUGAGAUCAGUACCCGUGUAGGUCUGGACAGGGAGCAGCAGAGUAGUUACCAGGUGUUGYUGGUGGUUCAGGAUGGAGGUACUCCCCCACGCAGYGCUACAGGGACAGCCUUUAUCACCAUCCUGGAUGAGAACGACAACACUCCCUCCUUCAGACACAGCCAGCCUGGCAGAGGACUGACCAUGCAGGUGAUGGAAGGCCAGGCAUCAGGUCUACUGCUGGGGAAAGUACAGGCCAAGGACCCUGAUGAGGGAGAGAACGGCACUGUGUACUACUCCAUGUCAGGUCCCAGAGCAGAGCGUUUCUCUCUGAACCCUACUACAGGUGAACUGCGUUCCUCCUCUCCUCUGAGUCACUCUGACAGAGCUGAGUACAGCUUCACUGUGACCGCCACUGACCGGGGCCAGCCAUCUCACAGCGCUACCUGUACACUACACAUACAGGUCCUGAGUGCGAGCAGAGCUCCUUCCAAAGCCAACUCCCUCUCCAUAUACUUCAACUCCGUCGAGGAGGCCAAACCGGGCUCUGUGAUUGGCUCUGUGAAGUCACAUGACAGCUUAGAGCUCCCUGAGGCUGGUCAGGUGACCUAUACGGUGGUGGGCGGGUCAGACCGAGACGGAACGUUCAUGGUGGACCGUCAGACAGGUGACGUGUACCUGGCAAGGGAGCUGGACUACGAGCGAUCUGCCCGCUACACACUACAGAUAGAGGUGGAUGACUUCUCCAUGACAUUACCCAGCAGCCACCUGGUGCAGCUGGACAUCGAGGUGAAGGACAGCAACGACCACGCACCCUGCUUCCCGGAGGACCCCGUUACCAUGGUGAUACCUGAGAACAUGGAGCCUGGGGCAACCAUCUACACCUUCCAGGCCUCGGACCAGGAUGGAUCAGGGCCCAACAGCCUGCUGACCUACUCCAUCCUGCACCAGUACCCUGACCUCCCUGACAUCCUGACCCUUCACCCUUCCACUGGCGUCCUGACCCUGGCGCAGGAACUGGACCAUGAGGUUACUUCCUCCCUUAUCCUGGUCGUCCAGGCGACAGACUCCGCCCUGAACGGCAGCCAACGGCGCUGGGGCUCGGUGACAGCGAGGGUGUUUGUGACAGACGAGAACGACAACGCUCCAGUGUUUAGCUCGCCUUCCGCGGUCAGUGUCAUGGAGGACCAGCCUGUGGGCUUCGUGGUUCUCUACGUCGUGGCGCGAGAUGCCGACCAGGGGGAGAACAGACGGGUCAGCUACUUCAUCGAGACUGGCAACGCUGGAGGGACGUUCAGCCUCAACCCUAAUACUGGUUCUUUGUCUAUCCUGAAGCCCAUCGACCGGGAGGAGCAGGUCCUGUUCAACCUGACCAUCGUAGCCCAGGACCACGUACCAGCGCUCUCAUCCAGCCAGCUGUUGUCUGUCCAGGUCAUCGAUGUGAACGACCAGGUGCGGUUCCAAGAGAACCAGUACCAAGCCCAGAUUACAGAGAACCAGCCUGCAGGAACCACUGUUCUGGUGGUGUCGGCCUCCGACCUGGACCAAGGUACCAACGGCCAGGUGACAUAUGGAGGCAUCUCUGAUGAGGGUUUCAGCAUUCACCCAGCUACAGGUGUUAUAACCACCACUAAAGCCCUGGACAGAGAGGCACAGGAACAAUACACACUGACAGUGUAUGCCCGAGACGGUGGCGUGCCUCCUAACUUUGCCCGGGCGUCAGUGAGGAUCCGGAUGUUGGAUGAGAAUGACAACGCCCCAACGUUCAGUAGACUGUACUACAGYCUGGAGGUGCCUGAGAACAUGGAGGCUGUKGAGCUGUUCACCCUCAGAGCUACGGACCUGGACACUGGGGACAGCGGAGAGAUGACCUACAAGAUCACAGCAGGCGACCCAUCAGGUGACUUCCGUGUGGACAGGAAGUCAGGUGUUCUCUCCACCUCCAGACCUCUGGACAGGGAACGUAGGGCCAGGUACAGUCUGACAGUGACAGCCCUUGACGGGGGCUCUCCGGCCCUGAGCAGCACGGCCACAGUAGAGGUCACUCUCCUGGACGACAACGACCACAGCCCCCAGUUCACCAGCCCCAGCUACACCGCUGACCUCCCUGAGGAUGCUCCCAUUGGCUCCCUGGUGCUGGAGGUCUCUGCUACUGACCUGGACCAAGGGUCUAACAGCCAGGUGCUGUACUUCCUGUUGCGCGGUUCCCAGGGCAUGUUCAUCAUCGACCAGCACACGGGACAUGUCAUCACCGCCGCUCCGCUCGACCGGGAACGAACCGCGUCGUACAAUUUCGAUGUCUGCGCCACAGACUCGUCCCCCGCCAGCCCACGCAACUCCACCGCCACGGUCAACGUGUAUGUACAGGACGUGAACGACAACGCUCCAUUCUUCAUCCAGGACCCCCUGGUUAUCAACAUCUCUGCCUCCAGUGUCUCCUCCCACCGCGUCCUGGCCACCAUGCGGGCGGAGGACCGUGACUUUGGGGCCAAUGGCUCAGUGUUCUACCGCUUCGCCAGCCCUGUCCGGGGCUUCACCAUUAACUCUCUGACUGGGGACAUCCAGGCUACAGAGAAGCUGCAGGGACUGACCCAGGGCCAGAGGACUCUGAUUGUAGAGGCUAUGGACCAGGGCAGCCCAGCCCAGUCSUCUCUAGGGGUGGUGGUCAUCUACAUCAGAGAACAGACCUACAGGGGGAUYCGCUUCUCACGCCACGCUAGAGACGUCAGUCUGCAGGAGAACGCUGCCAAAGGCUACAUAGUUCUGAAGCUGGAAGCGCGGCAGGUUGUCAUUGACGUCCUGCAGGAUCAGGUGGUGGCUGAUGACCUAGACCAGGGCCAGAAUGGUCAGGUGACCUACAGCCUGAGGUCGUCGUCUCUCAGCGGCCUGUUCAAGAUCGACUCGCUGACCGGAAGCAUCACCACCGCCGCUAUCAUGGACCGAGAGAUCUGGACACAAACCAAGCUGGUUGUUACGGCGACGGACCGGGGCACACCACGAUUGGCCGGCUCGGCGACCCUCACGGUGAUCAUCGUGGACCUCAAUGACAACAGUCCUACAAUCCCUCUUCCGCGUGAGAUCAGAGUACCAGAAAACACUGUGGUUGGCUCGGUAAUAACCCAGGUGACAGGAAAUGACGUGGACUCAGGCCCCGCCCUGKCCUACACCCUCCACCUGGACCCGUCUUCCCAGGGCGUAUUUGGGAUCCACCGCUACGGGGGCGGGGUGUCUCUGACUGCCCCUCUGGACUACGAGGAGAAGACCUGGUACACGCUGACUGUCAUGGCAACUGACUCCAAACACCAGACUGAAGCUAACCUCACCAUACUGGUGGAGGAUGUCAAUGAUAACGCUCCUACGUUCACACAGGAUCUUUACCAGAUGACUCUGGCAGAGCACUCCCCAGCUGGCAGUGCAGUUGUCACUGUGACAGCCACGGACCGCGACUCUGGGGAGAACGGCCGCGUCACCUACAGAGUGAUGUCAUCAACCCGGGACAUCUUCUACAUCGACCCCAGCAAUGGUACCCUGUUCAUCACCCAGCAGGCAGAGUUUAACUCUGAAAACCCUUCUAUCCUGGUGGUAAUAGAGUCCAGAGACAUGGGAACACCAGCCCUCUCCUCCACCGCUACUGUACAGGUCCAGGUGACUGACGUCAACGACAACGCGCCCGUCUUCCACCAAUCAGAGUACAGAGCCACGGUGUCAGAGGACGGCCUUCCAGGCGUCACCAUCCUGACCCUGGAGGCGACCGACGGCGACGCGUCACGCGACAACUGCGGCUUCGACUUCACCAUAGCCAGCGGAAACUCAGGCAAUGCCUUCCAAAUCGAGAGCAGCGUACGCUUCCUUGAAGGACGGGGCUUCCAGACGGUAGGCAGCGUGGUAUUGACCGGUGAGGGGCUGGACUUCGAGGCAGUGUCCAGUUACAACCUGACCGUGGUCGUGUCGGACCGUGGAGUGCCCCAGAGGAGCUCGGCUGUCUCUGCGCUGAUCAGUGUGACGGAUACUAACGACAACCCUCCGGCGUUCAGCAGGGCAGAGUACAGUGUGGUGCUGAGUGAAGGAACAGCUGCAGGGACUGAAGUCCUCAGCCUGUCUGCAACAGACCCAGACUCCUCGGAAGUAGGGAAGGUGCAGUACCUGAUCAGCUCUGGGGAUGAGACGGGUAUGUUCCAGGUAGACCGCUGGACCGGAGCCCUGAGGCUGCAGAGACCACUGGACAAUGAGAGACAGGCAUCCCAUGUGAUCAUUGUGCAGGCGUCAGAUGGACAGGGUCACUAUGCGCUGGCUCCAGUCACUGUGGAGGUGAAGGACAUUNCCUACUAGGCAUCCCAUGUGAUCAUUGUGCAGGCGUCAGAUGGACAGGGUCACUAUGCGCUGGCUCCAGUCACUGUGGAGGUGAAGGACAUUAAUGACAACAGACCUUACUUCCCUCUGCCUGUCCUCACCGCCAGCGUCAGAGAGAACCAGCCUCACAACACCCUUGUCACCAUGCUGCACGCCAUCGACCAGGACACGGGAGUCUUCGGACAGCUGAGRUACUACAUGUUGGACAAGACUGGAGAGGGGAAAGACGCCUUCCUGGUCAACCAGACGUCAGGUGAGGUCCGGACUCGCUUCACCUUCGACUUUGAGAAAGUCAACUUGUUCAACUUUGUAGCUCUGGCCAUGGACGCAGGGAACUACUCKGCMACGGUGACCRUCCAGGUGUACGUGAYRGGGGAGGAUGAGUACGACCCUGUGUUCUCCGACCCAGAGUUCUCCUUCUUAGUUCCUGAAGGGUCGAAGGAGGGCCAGAGCAUCGGUCAGGUGACAGCCAGAGACGAGGACGAGGGAGUGGACGGGAUUGUUCUGUACUCCCUAGCUGACCCCUCGCCCUACUUCCAGGUCAAUGCAUCRACRGGCGUGGUYUCCCUGAAGAUGGACAGCCAYGUCCGWCAYCUGAGCAGGKCCAAGAGGGAGGUCCGUGUGAUGAMCCUUGACCUGAMGGCCCACAGCCCUCUGGAGACGUCCCGUGUGGCCACCGCUCGCCUCACCGUUGACGUAACACACACCUCCUUCGGCGUGGCAUCGGACAUGAACCUGCUACUGGUCAGCGUGAUCGCUGUGUCCCUGGGAGCCAUCCUCAUCCUCAUCUUCAUYGCCAUGGCUCUGUUCUGUGUGAGACUGAGACGUCAGAGGAAGGAGCAGCAGAGUYGCUGCAGACCUCCAGCCUCUCCCGGCCAYGGCACSAUGCURCACAAACUAGAGGAGACUAAAGUCACUGGCAACGACCGGAACGACCGCAUCUACCACCAGGCCUUACCAGGGUACGCUUCCGACCAAACUGGGAGUGGUGUGGGAGGGCCAUACCCCCGCGGGGGCUCCCUGGACCCAUCCCACUCCAGCGGGCGUGGCUCAGCGGAGGCGGCGGAGGACGAUGAGAUCCGAAUGAUCAACGAGUACCCCCGUGUCUCCUCCAUCUCUUCGUCCAUGCAGGAACACAUCUCAGCCCGCGGGCCAGACUCUGGUAUCCAGCAGGACGCUGACCAGCUGUCUGACGUCUCCUGUGAGCCCAACAUGGACUCCAACCAGUGGUUCAAGGCCAAGAAGCUGGCCAGUCUCAGUGGGACUCUGCUGGCUGGCCAGGUGCCUGUCUACAGGGAGGAUGGAGGAGGUUAUCUGGGGGUAGGGAGGGGGCUGAACAUCUCCCACCCUAAAGACUAUGCCUUCCCAGUGGAUGGUAAACCCGCUGUGGACGGCUCCCUCACAGCCAUAGUGGCCAGUGACGAGGAGCUGAGGGGCAGUUAUAACUGGGACUACCUGCUGAACUGGUGCCCACAGUUCCAGCCAUUAGCWARCGUCUUCACGGAGAUAGCGAGGUUAAAGGAUGAGACGGMCMCUCCUAACCCUCGCAGACCKCUCCAGCACAAAGCCAAGGUGGACCCCAAACCCCCUCGCAUUGACCCCCCGCCGCUAAUCACCUCCGUAGCCCACCCCGGGGCGAAGACAGUCCCGGUCAAGCCUGCUCCCGUUAAACCAUCUGUGGGGAGGUCCUCCUUCCCCCAUCUGGCCUCCCUACGGAGGUCCCCCAUCAGUCACGAGGGCUCCCCCUCCUCAGUAGCCAUGUCCCCCAGCUUCUCCCCCUCCCUGUCCCCCCUAGCCGCCCGCUCCCCGGCCAUCACACCUUUUGGCGUCACCCAGGGCCCCUCAGCCUCCAUGAUCAGCACCACUGAACACAGCAUGGAGCACAGUGAAGAGGCCGAGAUGAGGAUAUAGACUAUCGGACUCACAGAUGAGGAUAUAGACUCUAUUGACUAAACAGAUGAGGAUAUAGACUCUGUAGACUGAGGAGGAUAUAGACUCUGUAGACUGAAAUGAGGAUAUAGGACUCUAUGACUCAAGAUGAGGAUAUAGACUCUAUCGAUCACAGAUGAGGAUAUAGACUCUAUCGACUCACAGAUGAGGAUAUAGACUCUAUCGACUAACAGAUGAGGAUAUAGACUCUUUAGACUAGGAGGAUAUAGACUCUUUAGACUGAAAUGAGGAUAUAGACUCUAUCGACUCACAGAUGAGGAUAGGACUCUAUCGACUCACAAUGAGGAUAUAGACUCUGUAGAUGAGAGAUA